AUGGAUGAAGAGUGCAGCAGCAACACACAGCGCGCAAGUGUUUCUCUCCCGCGGCCUGUGCGAUUUUACAAGCCGUACCAAAACAGAAAAACCGCCGGGGAAAAGGCGGUUGACGAAGUCUCCGGGCUUGACAUGUCGCUGCAGGGGCUCAAGCUGAUAUCCCAGCGCAUAAUGAACUGGGACACACUUAGUACGCUCUGUCUGUCAUAUAACAGCAUAUCUGAGAUACCCCCAGAGAUAUCAAAGCUCUCGGGGCUCACUGUUCUGGACCUCUCGCACAACAGAAUCAAGAAGGUGCCGCGGGAGAUAGGAAAGCUGUACAACCUGAGAGAGCUGCGGCUUGGGAGCAACUUGCUCUCCUCUGUGCCGCUGGAGUUUGGGAUGCUCUACCAAAUGGAGAAGCUAGACCUAGAAGACAACCCUCUGAUAGGACAGAUCCAUGCAGUGUACAACACGUCUGGAGGCAUUGGAGUGAUCAGAUACUGCAGAGACAACGUGGCCAUGUCUUUCCCGUACUGGGAGAGAGAGUGGAUAUUCGCACAGCAAGAGGAGGCCCUUUCGCAGGACUACAGCGAGACAAUCACAGUUGCUACGUACAAUAUAUUGUGUCCUACGUACGCAAACAGCCAGAGCUUCUCGUACGUCCCCACGUGGGCCCUGCAGUGGGAGUCCAGGAAGGCAACCAUCCUGCAGGAGACAGCAUCGUAUGGAGCGGACAUUCUGUGCAUCCAGGAAAUGGAUACGGGCAGCUACUCCGACUACUUUAGAGAGCAGUUUAAGCUGAGGGGAGACUACGACUCGGUGUUCUACCAGAAGUCAAGAGCAAGGACUAUGGUGGAGGGAGAAAAGAGGCUGGUAGAUGGAUGUGCGAUAUUUUGGAAAAGCUCGUUCUUCCAGCUCGUAGAGCAAAGAUGUAUAUACCUAUCGCAGCUAUUCCCGCAGAAGAGCAUCUCCGAGAAUGAGCACAUCGCAAACAGAUUCCUGAGCAGAGACAACAUUGGUCUUGCGAUUGUCCUGGAAAGAGAAGGAGGAAGGCACACUGUUGUAGUCAACACGCACAUCCACUGGGAUCCUGAGUACCCUGACGUAAAGACGCUGCAGGGGAUUAUGCUUCUGAAGGAGCUCGAUGGCAUCAUGCAGAGGUAUCCGAAUGCUGAGCUCGUGCUCUGCGGUGAUUUUAACUCGCUUCCUAGCUCUUCCCUGUACGAGCUGUACUCAGGCGGAGUGCUAAAGCCCAACAGCAAAGACUUAUUGGGCCUGGCAUACGAGCCGUACAGCAACAAAGGAUACUCGCACAGCCUUGGGCUAAUGGAUAGCUACUCGUUUGUAAAUAUGGGGUUCACCAACUACACCCCGGGCUUUGCAGGAGUGAUAGACUACAUCUGGUACAACGAUAAGCUAAAGCCUGUGUGCUCUCUGGGCCCUGUUGACGAGGAGUAUGUGUCUAAGAUAGUAGGGCUUCCCACGCACCACUAUCCGUCAGACCAUCUCAUACUCGUUACGCAGUUCAAGUGCAAAGGAGGGCCAUGGAAAAACAAUAUGAAUAAAUAG